UUGCUGUUAUAACAGGGAGGUUCCGCUGCACUUGAUUAUGAGGGUCAUCUCAGAGCCGGUAUAAUGGGAGCAGAGCGUGAAAAUAUGAAUAUAUGAGAUCUACAGUCCACCGUCGUUUGGAAGCACAUUCAAAUUGUCGUAAAAAUGAAGAUUUGGAGCACGGAGCACAUAUUCAGCUACCCAUGGGAGACUGUGAUCAAAGCAGCAAUGAGGAAGUACCCCAAUCCAAUGAACCCUAGUGUUGUUGGAGUUGACGUUCUUAAUAGGAACUUGGACACACAUGGACGUCUACACAGUCAUCGGCUCCUCAGCACAGAGUGGGGUCUUCCAGGGAUUGUCAAAGCGAUUUUAGGGACAAAUCGAACCACCACGUAUGUACAAGAACAUUCCAUUGUGGACCCAGAAGAAAAAAAAAUGGAGCUUUGCUCAACAAACAUAACCCUAACAAAUUUAAUAUCUGUCGACGAAAGGCUUGUCUACAGGCCUCAUCCAGAAAAUCCAGAGAUCACUGUAUUAACACAAGAGGCUAUCAUCACAGUGAAGGGGGUCAGUUUGAGCAGCUACCUUGAGGGACUGAUGGCUCUAUCCAUGUCAGCUAAUGCAAGAAAGGGAUGGGACGCCAUUGAAUGGAUCAUUCAAAACUCUGAAAGGGAAAAUGUUCCUUUGUGUGACCUGUGUUGAACAGGUAAUGUUUCGCGUAGCACCUGUUUUUGGAUGGUACAAACCAGACAUGACAUGUUUUAUCAUAUGCAUUGGUACUAAAGGCUUUUUAAUAACUUGUUUAAUAAGCAGGUGAGGCUACAUGUUUGUAAUAUGCAUACAUAUUUAUUUACAUUAUUUAUUUCUUUAUUUUUUUCAUACUGAGGCAUAGAUGUUUUAAAAUUAUACAUUAUUUAUUUAUUUAAGGUCUGUUUCAUGAUGAGACGAGCUGAAGCAUAAUUGUCUAAAAUAUACAUAUACUUUAUUUAUUUAUUUUAUGUUAGUUUCAUUUGCGUUUUCAGAGCCCAUGAAUGAACUUUCACCAGCUCUGAAACCACAUCUGGCCUGCCUGACUUUGCCCCACCUUUCUUUGUGUUGAUGUUUGUACACAAAGGUAGUCAAAUGUGCUCAUUUAUGCACAUAAAAUUGCACUAUUACAGACAGAACUGUACAGAGUUUUGAAUGUCGCUACAUAAUAUGUAUGCACUGCACUGACUACCUCUUGUUUUAGAGUUCUUUUAAUGCCAUAACAAACUGGAUGUUCAGUUGUAAUUAAGAACCUUAAAUUUCAGAAUAUUUAGAAAGUGAAUGAAAUUUUUGCAGUGUUCUUAAUUUUUUUUAUCAUGUGAUUAAGGGGAAUAUCAGUUAAUUUAGUUGUUUGCUUCAGAAAGUUUGCAUGGGUAGUCCUAGAGUGUAAUUAACCUAUUUAAAUCUUGUAGGAUAGGUAUAUAACUUAUCAAAAGUCAUUUUGUAAUGUUUACUCUAAAAAAAGUAUAUUUAAAAGACGUUUAUGCUGCUUCAUAAUUAAGACAUUGUGAACAUAUUGUCAACCCAUUUGGGAGGCUUUUAAUUUAUUUAAUGAUAUGAACAAAUGCUCAUUUAUGGUUCAUGUUAAAAAAUUAUUUAUUUUUAUUAUUUUAUUCUUAUAAUACUUCUGUGGUUCAAUACAAAGAGCAUGUUUGCUUUAUUUUGUUUAUGUUUAGUAAAUUAUUAACCGUUUAUUUUCUUUAACAGUUCAGUGUAACAAAUUCAACAUAAUUUAAAAACAAUGCUUAUCAAAGUAUAACUACAAUUGUUAAGGUCUUAUGGAGCCACCUAUUGGCGAGACAGUUGAAAAAAUCUAAGAAAAACUUUUUGUAAAUAGAUUGCAGAAGACAGCGAACAUCUUUUUUUGGUUUAUUUUUUCUUUUCUUUUUUGUUUGUCCUACCAUUUUUACAUUUUUUUUUUUUACUUGACAAGACUGCCUUGUUAUUGUAUAAUUUUGACCUCUUUAAAUAUUUCUUUAAAUACAUUGUUUUCUAUUUAUUCAAAUGAAAUUAUCAUUCAGUGUCACUGUUAACAAACAAUUAUUUUCAUUAGUCAUAGGAUAGACUAUGACUAUGAGAUCCAGGCUAUAAGAAAAAUGAAAUUACCUACUUGACAUUGCGUAAAACUCCUCUGCUGGAAAAAAAAAACAUGUCAGCAUUUCUUCCCCAGUGAUGAAACACUACCCAAGCAGAAGUAAACAAACUUAUACGUUUGUAAUCGAGUCACCUAGAAAUCCCAGAUGAGUUUCAGGAAUCUAUUUUUAAUGUCUUCAGCAAUGAUUUUGUUAAAGAGAAAGUUAAUUAAAGGGUUAGUUCACUCAAAAAUGAAAAUUCUGUCUUUACUUACUCAGCCUCGUCGUCCCAAACCCGUACGAAUUUCGUUCACUUUAUUUACAAAAUAUUAAUCCCUAACGCACGUUCAUGAGAGCAUCACGACGCACGUGUGUUGCGUUGAAGGGAGAGCAGACCCAAAUGUGCGAGAGCAGACAUUGUUGCGUGAACGCGCGUUGGAGAUUAAUAUUCUGUAAAUAAAGUGGUAAGUUAUGUUUUUCUCCAAUGCUAUCUCACAACCAGUACGAGGUGGCUAAUUUGUACGACGCUACUCAUACGAAUAGAGUACCCCAGGGAUGACGUGUUUUUGUAGGCCAACCCGGAAGUUAGCGGCGCACGAGUUCCCUCGAUUGAAAGCCUAUGCAUUUUUCC